AUGACUAGGACCAGCACGACGCGAGAACAGCCAUUCGAAUCCAGUAUUAGUGCGGUGUAGAGUGCUUCUCGGUGUUUUUUUUUCGUUCAUCUUUGCACGCCUGCCUUCAUCCCCCGAGGUUUACCGAUUUCCAUUCUCUCGUGACACUUCGAAACAACCCGUUCACCCGCUGGUGAGUAGAGCACAGUACACAGUAUACAGCGAGCGAACGUGAGUGUGUUUCCACAACUGGCCAGGGAUCAUCGUACAUCGACAAUCUGUUUUCACAGAGCAGAGACAAAAGUUAGAGAGAGAAAGAGAGGCAGAGAGUAGUUGCUUUUAAAUAUCGAUUGCAAUUGUCGGAACUGUCCUUCUUCUAUUCAUUUUUGAUAAACAACCUUGCAACUCCCUGUCUCCCUUCACAUUAACUUUUGGUUCUUCGAUCUUUGUUCAAUCGCUAAACGAUUACUCGAAGCUCGUAGCUAGCUAGACUGUCAAUUUGAAAAGUGAGAGAAUCUUGCAUCUAGAUGUUCCUCUAUAUUGGCGAGUCGAAGUCCUAGUCAAUUGCUUUCUUGUGAGAACUGUCGGAUCGUGCUCCUUCCUCGAAUUGUAAUUUUGUUAUUUUAGACAAUGGUGAAAGAUCACUCUUUAAUUCUCUCGUGCAACUCGGCCGAACACUAGCUCCGUGGAUGUAUCCCAUCCUUCAAAGUCAGCUAACAAUUUGGAUUUUCUAUCUUUCUGUCGAAACACAGUCGCAGUUGACGGUAUCCAAGUGAACUGAUAAUGUAUGGUUUCGUUCCUGUUAUAAUUCUCAGUAUAAAGUUCUCAUCCCUCUAUCAUCCCUCUAUCAAAGAAUCCCAAGUGAUUCAGUAGUGAGAAAAGAGUCUGAAGAUUCGAAGGAAUCGCAAUUAAAUGACUUGAAGGAUGGAUAGUUUCGAUAGUUUAGAAUCUGACGAGGAUGCUUGUCCCCGGUGGCAAGAAGCUAGAUUUAGUCAGACGUGUCUCAGCGCAGCGGAAUUACGCGAGCCAUAAAGUUAAAACGCGUGACGGGUUCAGUAAAACGCGAUGAAACUUGAGAUCGUCCGGAUUUAGUAUACACGGGGGUGGCAGAAGGCAUUCUUCGGCUGUUAUGAUGUAACGCACACGUACAUGAUAUGUACAAACAACCGCGACUCAUCGAUAGAGUACUUGCUCUAAAAUUGUUGCGAAAUUUCUCAUUCUCCAAAAAAAAAAAAAGGGAUGGGAAAUUAUUUCGAAGAUUUUAAUAAUAACUCAGUAUUGCCAGAGUUGAACGUUUCUUUCUUCCAAUAUAUAUAUAUUUGCUUUCUUCAUUUGAAAUCGAAAUGGCGAGAAGACUUUGAAAUUAAAAAAAAAAAAAAAAAAAGAAACAAUCUUCCAUCAGCCAGUAAUUUCGUAAUCAGAGAAGAUUUGCAAAUUUUCAGUCACGAAAAAAAAAAAAAAAAAAGAAAUAACUCUGUCAUCUCAGACAACAGUUGUGAAAAAUGAAACGUAAGAGAUAAAGUAAGCCAUUCGUCUAAUUAAUCAUCCUAGAUGUUGAAGAAGACAAAGUAUAGGUUAACCCUUCUACUGUUAUAGUUGGUUCUAGCUAUAAUUUAAAGUUGUACGUGGAAAGAGAAUAACGAUGAGAAAAUGGUUAUUCUAGACGAGGAUAAGAUAGGAAUAAGGACUUGUUAAAUUAAUUUUUGUCAAUUAAUGGAGGACCAGCUGGACGAAGCGAAGGUAGGGGUAAUGGCGACCGCGUUGUGGAGAAUCUAGCGCCUUCCCUAAUACGGCCUCGCGAUCCGGCUUGCGUCUGCACGGAUAUAGAAUCCUCCGUCUCUCUUUCUGGUCUCUCGUGGUCUCUCUAGCGUCGUUUCUACUAAUACCGUGGCCACUAUAACUCGACACCAGAGCCGCUUCCAAAAGUCACGCCAGUCGAAAGCUUCCACUCUGUUCUCUGUUUCGAAACAAACAGCGUAGCCACUUCUUACUCGCGCAUUUAACAACCUGCAGAUAUUCCAUCGUCGCGUCACUUUUUAUUUUAUUUUACACGGGGAAAAUCGUUGUGUUUAUCGUUUGGGCCAGGCCAGGCCACGUGUAGGCGAGAAGUAGAGAAUUUUAUUUGAAUGUUUCAGUCAGGCCCCUGUGUCAAAUGCAGGAAUAAUGACUCGAAGUUUCAUUCUUCUUAAUAUUUACGGUAAUCCCAUUACCAUAUUCUAAUAUUGAAAGUCUAAUGCAGUGUGCGAAUGAUUAUUGAAUGAAGUUUUAAGGGAAUUACCAGUGAGAUCUCUUCUUAGAACGAAGUCGAGCCAUUGCAACUUUUAUCAGUCCACUUUCUGAUAAAUUCGUCGUCACCGUUGACCAUUGAUAAAAGCUCCGGUUAAUUUCAUUGAUGCUUCUGCUGCUUAUCUCUGUGUGUGUAUGUGUAUGUGUGUCAAUGGAUAAUGUUGCAGUAUAAUAAGUUUCGCAGAGAAAAUAUAAUUUCUUCGUUUUCGUGUACUUCGUGAAUCGCUAUAUAUAUAUAUAUAUAUAUAUAUAUAUAUAUAAGUUGAGGUUCAAAUUUGGUAAAAAUAGGCUCGUUGAUCGGCAGUGGAGAAACUGUUUAUGUUCCUGGUGGAGAAUUAGGUAAUCGGGAGUUAUAGAUGUUAUCAUUGUUAUUCACCGUUUACGCAUCGUGAAACGUGUUAACAAGUGGAAAGUUACUUUUAAAAUUUCUUUUUCGAAAGAAGUUUUUCACAAAACUUUAGUCGUUAGCAAACGAAAUGCUCGGAUUUACUAUUCUCUAGUAAGUAAUUCUCCGGCAAUAUUCCAAGGAUUUGAAAUGUACUGUGAAACAAAUAAAUCGGCGAGGUGUUAAGAAGUUGUUCCACAGAUUGCAAAUUUUAUUUUUAUUCUCAAAUUGUGUCUGACCUUUGGAUGAUAGUCAACGUGAGAUAAUGAUCGAAGAUUUUUCUCUGUCUUUCAGUACAGACAAAAUGCCUUUUAAACCAGUAGAGCACCCCAAGUGUCCCAAAUGCGGCAAAUCCGUGUACGCCGCAGAAGAACGUGUCGCCGGAGGACUCAAAUGGCACAAGAUGUGCUUUAAGUGUGGUCUGUGCGGCAAAUUGCUCGACUCGACAAACUGCACUGAGCACGAGGGCGAGCUAUUUUGCAAAGUGUGCCACGGACGCAAGUUCGGUCCUAAAGGAUACGGCUUCGGUGGAGGCGCCGGUACCCUGUCCAUGGAUCAGGGCGAACACUUGAAGAGUAGCGAGGACACGUUUUUAGGGACGUCGCGAGAGGAUCGAACGCCAUUCUGGAACCGAGAGCCAUCGCGAAGGCGCCCGAAGGGGAAGGGUGCCCUCGAUGCGGAGGAUACGUGUACGCUGCUGAGCAGAUGCUAGCCCGAGGAAGGGUGAGUUUCUCACAAUAUUCGUCGCCCCAUUUACUCUCACAGAGACAUUGUGCUAUACCUUGGUACCGCGACUCGUCGCAAAUCCUGCCAUUAUCCCGCCUCGGCUUCUACACUCUCACUAUAUAUGAUGCGCUUGUCUGCUUAACAGCUUGCUAUCCGAAGAAAUUCGGUCCGCGAGGUAUUGGCCACGCUGGGGUUAUGUGGAUCGGGCUGCAGUGCGAUAUUCAGGACGAGGGUUCGAUUUUGGGAAAAUCUUCCCUCAGUCAUUCGUGCCGCUCGACGUUUCGAUAUCAGCGACUGGGAAUAAGCUGGCAUAAACGUGGGUCUGAAUUUUCCGAUGCUGCUCCUCGUACGACCGUGGUCGACACCGCCAUAAUCAAGGCCCCACCUGGCAAAGGUUGUCCACGUUGCGGUGGUGUCGUGUUCGCUGCUGAACAGGUGCUCGCGAAGGGCCGCGAAUGGCACAGGAAAUGCUACAAGUGUCGCGACUGCAGCAAAACUCUCGACUCGAUCAUCGCCUGCGACGGGCCCGACAAAGACGUCUACUGCAAGACUUGCUACGGAAAGAAGUGGGGACCGCACGGAUACGGAUUCGCAUGUGGAUCGGGAUUCUUACAGACCGACGGCCUAACGUGAGUAACUGUCCCCUUCCGUCCGUCACAAGUUGGGACACUCAGGUGCCUAGAUUCCCAAACACUUAGGGUUCCAAUAUCCGAGUUACUCCUGGAAUUCUAAAUAGUGAAAUUAUAAACAAUGGACUUACACUUGGAAUUCUAAAUUUCCUUAGGCGUCUAGAAUUCCAAAUGUUUGAAUGUUUAGAAUUGGAGUAGUUUAUAUGAUUUUGUAAACACCAAGUAUUUGGGUACCUGAAGUACCAGAUAUCUGA